CGGAAGUUCGUGCCUCUUGUUCUGCCUAUGGCCGUUUUGGAUGCCGAGCAGCCAGCCGAGAUUCGCAAGAAUAGCCAGCGGCGCAACGGGUCGAAGCCAAAGGUUUCUAAGAAGACUCCAGAAGCCGCGCGGAACCCGAAGUCCUUCAUUUGUGAAGGACAAUCAUGCGACCUUGUCCGGCGCGUGCUCAUUUCCUGGGGCUGGGUGGAGAGCGAAUCUACGCCGGAGACCUGCACCUUGAAGUGGACCUUCCGGUCACGUGACGCAGAGAAGAGCCCUUUGCAGGCGUGGCAGCUCAUCAACCACUUCCAUGGCUCUUACUAUUUGAGCAACAAGGCAUUUCUCGGGCAAUGUCUACAAUGCUGCGCAUGCUGCUCGCACUUUUUCCCACGCCAGCACGACUUGCGCAACGCCGCCGGCAUGCGGACCUUUUUGCGCGACUUUGUGCUCACCGCUGCCGAGCAAGCGAUUUCGCAGCCAGGCAAGAGAACAGGCGCGAUCACGGCGAAAGAGGCGGCCGUGCGCGUGCUGCGGCGAUACAAGGACUGGGCCAAGAGCCCCCAGCGCCCGGAGAAGCUGCUGCGCUGCCCCCACGAGGUCAUGGCGCUGCUGGGAGAUGGGUGCUUGCUCCCUCGGAAGCUGAGCAUACAUCAGCGAGCCCAUGUAGAUGCGUUCCUCAGCCGGGCGCUGCGAAGCUGCGGCGAAUGCCCCACCUGCUCAGAUGCCAAAGGUGCCCUUUUUGGUGGGGAGACGCACCCGGACCAUCAGAAGAAUCUGGAUGGGCCCCAGAACGUGUGGGCGUUGAAGGAGCCCUGCGUGCAGAAGGGCAAAGGCGUCACUGUCCUGUCAGGUUUGGCGCGGUUGCUGGAAGAGUACGACCAGCACCGUUCCAUGGGACAAGGCAGAGACUGUGUGGCGCAGAAGUACAUCGAGCGGCCGCUGCUGAUCAACAGGGAGACUGGCCCCGCCAAGUGCGAUCUGCGCGUGUGGGUGCUGGUGCUGGACUGGAAUCCACUCACCGCCUUUGUGCAUCCAGAGGUCUAUUUUCGAAUUGCCACGCUGCCAUUCGAUUUAGAGUCGAUGUUGCCCAACGCGCACAAGACGAACUGCCGGGAUGAGGAAAACCGCACGCCCAUGAAGGCCGUCUUUGAGCUGCUGGGCGCUGGGUCGCAGGAGCGCUGGGCAAAGGAAACUUGGCCCAGGCUGCUGGACGCGGUGCGCUUCGCCCUUUUCGCCGCCCGCGCAGCGAUGACGGGUCUGCCUCCGCGGGCAGCAGGGGGCAAGGCCUUUGAACUCUUCGGUUUGGACUUUGGUUUAGAUGAGAACUGGCGGCCCUGGCUGCUGGAGCUCAACACCUCCCCUUGCAUGCUGGACGACUGCAAAGGCCAGUACGAGGAGGCGAUCAAGAGCUGGGCCUGGGAGGCGACGGAAGGUCUUCUGCGGAUGGUUCUUGCGCUGCACGACGGGAGCUGGAAGCUGCCCUCGCCCUCGGAGCUUCAGGAAACGGCGGAAGGCACGCCGUGCGAGCGGCUCUUCGAGGAAGGGUGCUGCUCCAGCUGCCUGGCGCAGAUGGUGAGCCAGACCCCAACCAGCCUGGCCGCCGGCCUGAGUUUAGAUGGUCCGUGCGGGCGAUGGCGCAUGGUGCUCCGUGAAAAGGCAUUGGAUGAGAUGGCCUUGCGGCAAGCACAUGAGGCUUUGCAGAGGAGGAUGUUUCAGGGGAUCUCUGCGAAUGAAUUGAGCGUGAGCAAAUUGCUCCGCGAGUGGCUGCUUCCUGCGGAGGAGGUAGUGGAGCAAGAGGCGCAGUAUGUCCAAGACAUGCUCCAAGCCCUUCACUGUCACUGCAACUGUCCCGCGCAUGAGGUCUUUACGGCGAGCCACCAGCCAACCUGCACGCAGGACUGAAGGUGGUGAGACUCGAACGUCCUUUCGGGACAUCCUCAAAGCCGGGACCUCGCAAUUGUGACCUG